AUGCCUCCUGCCGCAUCCAGCACGAAGAAGUCUCCAUCGUUGAAGUUGCUCGUUACCAAGCUGAAGGAUGUCCAAUCUUCUUUUGACGAUAUUUAUCGUUUCGUCGAAGACUUCAAGGAAAAUACAACUACUACCCAGAUUGAAGUGCGUCUGGAAAAACUCGACGAACUGUGGGAAAAAUUCAGCGACACCCUUAUAGAGUUGAAAUCUCACGACGACUAUGCAGCAAAGGGUGAUGACUACGAGGAUGAAAGGUUGGACUUCAGCGAUCGAUACUACAGGGCAAAAUCGUUUCUUGUGGAUAUGGCCAAAGAAAGACAAGAGGCACCAGCCAUGGAACAAUCGAUACGGGUCGGUGAUACGUCGGUGCAUAGCACAAUGGACCAUGUGCGGCUGCCUCAAAUAAAGCUGCAGACGUUCAACGGCGACAUUGACGAAUGGUUAGGAUUCCGGGAUCUCUUCACCUCACUUAUACACUGGAAGGCGGAUUUACCAGAGGUGGAGAAAUUUCACUACCUAAAAGGAUGCCUUCAGGGUGAACCUAAAAGCUUGAUCGAACCGCUACAAAUCACUCGGGCUAAUUACCAGGUGGCUUGGGAAAUGCUGUUAAAAUGCUAUAAUAACAGUAAGCAAUUGAAGAAGCGUCAGGUCCAAUCGCUCUUCAAACUACCAGCACUAACAAGGGAAUCCGUUGCUGAUCUCCACUCCCUAUUGGAAGGCUUCCAAAGGGUAGUUCAAACACUGGAUCAAAUUGUGCAGCCGCAUGAUUAUAAGGAUCUUCUAUUGGUAAAUUUACUUUCUGCACGUCUCGACCCGAUCACGCGAAGAGGCUGGGAGGAGCACUCAUCGAAUAAGGAUCAAGAUUCGCUAAAUGAUUUGACGGAUUUUCUUCAUCGGAGGAUUCAAAUUUUGGAGGCGUUACCUUCAAGGGCCGUGGACACUAGGGGUGUCCAGCAAUCACAACCUCCGUUGAAGCCGAAACUCUUUGCAGUUAAAAAUAGUUUCAACACGGUUCAAGCAAACCACAGUAACUGCGUAGCGUGCAAGAGUAGCCAUCCACUAUAUCAGUGCGGUAAAUUCCGAGAAAUGCCGGUUUCAGAGAGAGAUGUGUUGUUGCGCAACAACUCACUCUGUCGCAACUGUUUCCGCCAAGGGCAUCAUGCAAAAGAUUGCCAAUCAAAAUAUUCCUGUCGCCAUUGUAAAGGACGUCACCAUACAUUGGUUUGCUUCCGAGCUGGGAGGAAUGAGAAGCCCAAGGAUACAGCUGGUAGUCAAGGUUCCAAUGCUUCCGUUUCACAAGACAAUUCAAGUAGCUCUAUCGCUACACCCUCCUCCUCCUCCUCCUCGCAAGUGGCUAACAUGGCAGCCACUGAAGUUUCGCUAGUUGGAUCAGUACAUCGACACUCGUCGCAGGUUUUGUUGGCUACAGCGGUGGUCAUCAUUGAGGAUGAUGGUGGCACUCAGUACCCAGCACGGGCUCUACUCGACUCAGGUUCGGAGAGCAAUUUCAUUUCGGAGCGAUUGAGUCAACGUCUAAAGGUGGAUCGAGAUAAGGUGGACAUCUCGAUAUUAGGGAUUGGUCAACGGACUAGCAAGGUAAAGCAGCGUAUACAGGCCACAGUAUUGUCACGAGUUACUGAUUUCUCUCGGGCGAUGAGUUUUUUGGUGCUUCCGAAGGUGACGGUAAAUUUACCAACGGUUAACAUCGACACAAUCGGUUGGCCGAUUCCACGAGAUGUUGAGUUAGCAGAUCCUGCUUUCGGUGUUUCUCAGAGUAUUGACAUCGUACUAGGAAUCGAGUCAUUCUUCGAGUUUUUCCAAACCGGACGCAAGAUUCCUUUGGGAGAACGAUUACCCUCAUUAAAUGAAUCCGUAUUUGGAUGGGUUGUGUGUGGCGAUUCAUCUGUGCCCGAUAAAACAUUGAAUAUUAGCUGCAAUGUUUCUACUACGGAAGGCUUGGAAGAGCUGAUGGCUAGAUUUUGGACCUGCGAAGAUAUGGGAUCAACCAGGAACAAUUCACCGGAAGAAGCACGCUGUGAAGAGCAGUUUGUGCGUUCGAUUCAGCGUGGGGAAAGCGGCCGCUACACUGUAUCAUUGCCAAAGGAUGAGGACAAACUAAAACAAUUGGGCGAUUCUAGGGGAAUCGCAUUCCGACGUCUCCAAGGUACGGAACGAAGAUUGGAAAGGGAUGCUGCAUUACGGGAGCAGUACAAGGCCUUCAUGACCGAAUAUGUGCGAUUGGGUCAUAUGCAGCGAGUCGAUACUACCAUUCCCAACACGGAUAAACGGUGUUAUUUACCACAUCAUCCGGUGGUUAAAGAGGCGAGUACCACCACCAAGGUUAGGGUAGUAUUCGACGCCUCCUGCAAAACGGCCUCAGGAGUGUCGCUGAACGAUACAUUGCUGGUAGGGCCAGUAAUACAAGAGGACUUGAGGUCGAUUAUUCUCCGUUGCCGAACAAGACAGAUAAUGCUGGUUGCUGAUGUGGAGAAAAUGUUUCGUCAAAUUAAUGUGAACCCCGACGAACGACAUCUUCAAUCGAUUCUAUGGCGCUCAUCACCAAGGGAUGAGGCAGUUACCUAUGAGCUGAACACCGUUACUUACGGAACCAAGCCUGCUCCAUUUUUGGCCACAAGGACACUGAAACAGCUAGCGAUGGAGGAGGAGCAACGAUAUCCGCUCGCAGCCAAGGCAAUUUCGGAAGACACAUACAUGGAUGAUGUACUCACGGGUUCUGAUAAUGCAGCGGAGGCACUUAAGAUGAGGAUACAAUUGGACAAGUUGAUGGCUAGUGGGGGAUUCCAGCUCAGGAAGUGGGCAUCCAAUUGUGUCGAGGUUUUACGUGGUAUUCCUGAAGAAAAUCUGGCGAUCCGUGACUCAGAAAUCGAAUUAGAUCCAGACCCAUCGAUCAAGACACUAGGAUUAGUGUGGCAGCCUAGAACAGACGUCUUCAAAUUUCAAUUCAGCAUACCUUCCAUUGACGAUAAUCUGCUUAUUACCAGGAGGCAAUUUUUGUCGAUCAUUGCGACUCUGUUUGAUCCUCUGGGUCUGGUUGGUGCAACCAUUACAAUGGCCAAGCUUUUCAUGCAGCAAUCUUGGAUGCUGCGUGACGAACACGAUCAGAGAUUUGGCUGGGACCAGCCGUUACCUUCGAUGGUGGGUGAGACGUGGCGGAAGUACCAUCAGCAGCUUCAUCUACUUAAUCAAAUACACGUGGAUCGCUGUGUAAUCAUCCCCAGGGCAGUCGUGAUGGAAUUCCAUUGCUUCUCAGACGCGUCACUGAAGGCCUACGGUGCGUGCCUAUAUGUUCGAAGCAUCGAUACAGCAGGAAGGGUGAAGGUUCAAUUGCUCACAUCGAAGUCAAAGGUGGCUCCGGUUAAAUGUAUGACGAUCCCGAGGUUGGAGCUUUGCGGAGCGGUCUUAGCCGCUCAACUAUUCCAAAAGGUGCAACAGGCAACUCGCUCGAUCGCACGUGCAUAUUUUUGGACAGAUUCAACGUGUGUGCUUCGAUGGUUGCAAGCUUGUCCGGCCACAUGGACUAUAUUCGUCGCAAAUAGAGUGGCAACAAUCCAGACUAUAACAGAGGGGCAUGAAUGGAGACAUGUUCCAGGAAUUCAUAAUCCAGCCGAUCUUAUCUCGAGGGGAAUCUCUCCAGAAGAAAUAAUUCAUAAUAAUUUCUGGUGGAAUGGCCCAAGCUGGUUAACGCACGACCAUGAGGAAUGGCCAAAUAGUUUCGAUAAUUCAUCGAGUGAGGGGGUUGAGGAAAAGAGGAGACGCACAGUUGUUGCUAAUACGGCCUCGGUGGUGGCGGAAUUCAAUGAAUGGUAUUUAUCCAAAUUCGCUACAUACUCCAAUUUAAUUCGCCGUACAGCAAUAUGGCUCCGAUUGAUUUCGUUACUUCGUACCCCGAAGAAGGAUCGACGAUCCGGUUGGAUUACUACAGAGGAGCUGAAAACAGCCGAAUAUAUACUUAUACAACGGGUGCAACGGGAAGUCUUUCCUGAUGAACGAAAAGCACUGCUAAAAGGGGAUAUGCUUCCAAGGAAAUCUCCUCUGCGAUGGUUCAAUUCAUUUGUGGCAGAAAGGGAGGAGCUCAUAAGAGUUGGCGGGCGGUUAAUCCAUUCAAAUGAACCAGAAGAUGCCAAACAUCCCAUAGUGCUCCCAGCUCGACAUCGCUUGACACGCAUGAUUCUUAAGCACUACCACGAACGUUUGCUCCACGCGGGGCCACAAUUGUUGCUGAGUGUGGUCAGACUUCGCUACUGGCCGUUAGGAGGACGCAAUGUAGCCAGGGAAACUGUUCAUCGUUGUCAAAAAUGCUUCCGAUCAAAGCCCACUCCGUUGCAGCAAUUUAUGGGAGAUUUGCCAGCAGCGCGAGUGACUAUUUCUCGUCCUUUCUCAAGGUCGGGAGUGGACUAUUUCGGACCUAUCUACGUGCGCCCUGUACCACGACGCGCAGCAGUAAAAGCGUACGCGGCAAUUUUCGUGUGCCUUUGCACGAAGGCGAUUCAUCUGGAGCUUGUCGGGGAUUUAUCUACGGAUCGAUUCUUGCAGGCUUUGCGUCGGUUCGUUGCCCGUCGAGGAAGGCCAACCGAUAUUUAUUCCGACAACGGUACUAAUUUCGUUGGAGCUCGGAACAAACUGGAAGAAGUACUACGUUUGUUGCGGGAUAAACAGCAUCAGGAGAAGGUAUCCAAGAAGUGUGCAGAAGAAGGCAUUCGCUGGCAUUUUAGUCCUCCGGCAUUCGCUGGCAUUUUAGUCCUCCGCGUGCACCUCAUUUCGGAGGCUUGUGGGAGGCGGCUGUGA